CUGCCCCUGCCAGAAAAAGGAAAGGAAGGGGAGGGGGAAGGGUCUCCCGUCUCCCUCACGCGCGCCACGCCCGGCUCGGCUUGCUCCCUACCCCCUCGCCGCCACGCGGGCCGCCCGUCGCCGUGCUGCACAGUAUGUCGGUUUCGCGCCCGAAGCCUAUAAAUCCCCCGGCCCGCCGCCUCCCCCCUCGCCCAUUCUUCCAUGGACCCUCCAACCUCCGCCGCCAUGGACGCGGCGCUGCUGCUGGAGCCCAAGCUGGAGGACGCCGAGCCGCUGCACCUGCACCUGUCGCCGCCGUCCCCGUUCGCUCCUCUGGACGACCACCUGGUGCCGCCCCACCACGAGCCGCCGCGGCCGCUGGAGGCGCUGCUGCAGCAGGGGCCGCAGCUGCCGCCGUUCCUUUCCAAGACGUACGACCUGGUGAGCGAGCCGCGGCUGGACGGGGUCAUCUCCUGGGGCCCCGCCGGCAACAGCUUCGUCGUGUGGGAUCCCUCCACCUUCUCGCGCGACGUGCUCCCGCAGCACUUCAAGCACAACAACUUCUCCAGCUUCGUCAGGCAGCUCAACACCUAUGGUUUUCGCAAGGUUCAUGCUGAUAGAUGGGAGUUCGCUCAUGAAGAUUUCCUACAGCAUAGCAAGCAUUUGUUGAAGAAGAUUGUCCGGCGCAGGUCCUCGCCAACACAACAAAGCAGUCUGCAGACUGGCACUUCUGGUGAAUGUAGUUUGGACCCUGAGCUCAACACACUGAAAAGAGAGAAGAGUGCAUUGCUUCAGGAGGUGGCCAGGCUGAAGCAAGAGCACCUUCAGACAAUUGAACAUAUGAGCACGCUGAAUCAGAGGCUAGAAUCAGCGGAAGAUCGGCAGAAACAGAUGGUCUCUUUCUUGGCCAAGCUCCUCCAGAACCCAACUUUCGUAAGACAACUUAAGCUGCACAGGCAGCAAAAGGAAAUCGACGCCACCAGAGUGAAAAGGAAGUUCCUCAAGCAUGUGCCACAUGGCAACUUUGACUCACCUGAGUCCAGCUCACAACACACUGGAGAGAGCAAUUUAGAUUUCCCUUCAUGUUCCCCUGCUCUCCUGGACCUUCCAGCCACACAUGAUGACAUCUCAGACCUUCAGAAUUUCCUUUUGGAAGACGGUGACCUCAAUCUGGCCAUGCUGCCAGACAACAUAGGACUUGAUGUAGUCGAAGCACCAGUCGACAUCGGGGCAUUGGUUCCGGGAUUUGACACACAGGAGGAACUUGAGCUUGGUAGUGGAGUUGAACUGAUGCCUCCAUCUUCUGGUCCUCAUGGCCAAGAUCCCACAACUGGCAGAUCCAAGUUAAAGAAUGUGUUGUCUCCAGGAUUGGAUGCUCCCUCUUCUGAAGCUGAUUGCCUCGGAUCAUUUUCUGACAGUAUGGGGGUGCUUCCAGCCACCAUGCUACAAACAGCAGGCAAAUUAAUGGAUGAAGAAGAUGAAGGAAUUUGGGGUGUGGAUGCUUCGUCGGCUUUACAAAGUUCUUGCAGUGGCACUAGUCAACAAGCAUAUGGUGACCUUGUUAGUGAUCCCUAUCUGAUGGAGAUGACCAAUAAACCUGAGAAAUUCUGGGAGCUCGAUUUUCAGGCACUGGAUGAGGAAGAGCUGCAGCUGGAUAAGUGUGUUAUUGAUGACCCUGCUCUUCAGCAACAGAAAGGAAAUAUGAAUCCGUAGAUCAACCAUGACUCGAGAGAGUAUGGCCUGAUGCUUUUAUCCACCUUAAAACUAUAAUUCGCUAUGAACAUUGCUACAGUUAUUUGAUAUUCAGGAGGCUUGUUAAGUACUGGAUAUGCGCACUAUGGCAGUUAGAAGUAGAAGCCGUAGUAUGGUUAUGUUUUUGUUUUCCGUUCAUUUGGCCAGCUGUUUUUGAAUGGAAAUUAUUGUUGUGUAGUUU